GCCGCACGGCCUGGGUAGUCAGUGACUGCAACCCAGCGCAAUUCAACCCCCACAAGACGCUUUCACCAAGACCGGCGUGUGCCUAUGCCUUUGCGAAGUCGUCGCCCGCCUUCUGCACAUGACAUUUCUCUUUGCCCGUGACCAAUGCUGCUAGCACCGGGCGCUCCGUACUGGGUUGGUACCAGCAGAAGCCCCGGAAGAAUCGAGUCGGAGUCGGGGUGCAGCAGGCGUGGCACCGCGCAGCGAGCGUGUUCGGGGGCUGUCUCGUGGGUGUCGGAGAGGGUGAGGCCUGGGCGGGGGAGCAGGUGUCAGCGACGGAUAAUGGUCUUCUGCGCGGAAGGAGCUAGAAGCAACCAAGCAAGGGCGGCUCUGUCAACGUGUUGUCCGCAGCGCCGGCGGGCAGUUGCGCAGGAAUGCAACUCGAUCCGCACCGACGGCGGCCAACGGCGGCGAAACAGAGGCACAUCCGCCCCCGCAGAGCAGGGCAACUCACUCACGCUAUGGCAGGGCGUCUGCCUUGAGGACGGCACAGCCAGACGUGUCGUCGGGUUGGGCGAGGUGCGGUGGCCCCGGGCGCACAACGGCGGGUCGUUCAGCGUGGUACAGCGUGGAAGGGGCGCAGCAGGUGCGAUGCGCUGCUCGGGCCGGCGUCGACGUCAACCCGCAACGCAGCGCUGUCGUUGCGAGGGUGGAGAGCGGGCGGGCGAGGAUGAUUGAUGAUUGUGUGCAGCGGGACUGGCGCGCAGCUCAGAAGAUGACGAGGUGCCAGGCUAGUAUUGAGGCGGCACACCAAGCAGGCGUUGGCAGGCGCUAUGGAUGG